UGAAGUGAAACCAUCACUUACAACAAAACCCACGACCUCUAAAACGUGUACCUCAAUUCUCUCCCUCUUUUUUGUUAAUAAACCCCAAUUGUCAACUUUAGUUUUCAUUUUAAGUCCAAAGUUAACAAUUUCUCAUUACACAUUUUUCACUUCAUCAAAAGUAAUAUAUAACAUCACUUACUAGAGCUCCCUAUCGAAAUCCAAAUAUGGCUUCCAUUUUCAAAGCUGCCUCACACCCACUUUUACUUUGCUUGAUUCUUUUCUCUGCCUCCCAAAUCUUGGUCAUCAACUGUACUGAAUUUGAAGUUGGCGGUAGAAUUGGUUGGGUUGUUCCUGACUCAAAGGACAAAGAUGAUAUGUACAACCAAUGGGCUUCCCAAAAUAGAUUCAAAAUUGAUGACACUGUCCAUUUCAAAUACGAGAAAGAUUCAGUGAUGGUGGUGAAUGAAGAAGAGUAUGAACAAUGCAAAUCUACUCGUCCAUUAUUUUUUGGCAACAAUGGCAACACAGUUUUCAAAUUUGAGCGACCAGGAAUGUUCUACUUCAUCAGUGGAGUUAGUGGUCAUUGUACAAGAGGCCAGAAAAUGAUCAUCAAGGUUUUGGAUGUCGAACCAAUUACAGCAGCAUCACCACAAUCUGCAAAUGAGAGUGCACCAAUAGCACAGCAUUCUAAAGCUGCUCAAAUUACUCCUAUUACUAUCACAUCAUUCACACUCUUUACUUUGUCAAUCCUGGGCAUAUGCUUGAAAUACUAGUUUUUAUUGGUCUUUUAAUUUAGGUUAGUUUAUUUAUGAGUGUUGUCUAAUUGUUGGUGUUUUGUUUUUGAGUUUUUAGGUGUUACAUAGGAUUUGGAAGGUCCUUCGUCAUCAUGGUGAUAAUGUUUCCUUUUCAAUAGUUAGAUUGUUUGUGUUGACUUUUCCUAUGUUUAAUUAACGUGAUUUACAUUUUCCUUUAGGUGUUUUUUUGUUCAA